AUGGAAGUUUUGGCUGGUGUAAAAAGCUUAACCGAGCUGAAAAAAAUCACCGAAAACGAGCACUCAUUGGUUGGGUUGUUGCAGAAAGCGGAAAUAUUGUCGCCCACGCAACUGUGCAAGAAGUGCAACCGGCGCAUGAAGCUUAAAGCAACGCGGAAAGCAAACGCAUGCAAAUGGAUUUGCAAGCCCACGUCGAGCUGCACCGGGUCGGAGUGUACUGUCCGUACGGGCAGCAUAUUCAAAAACUCCCGUUUAUCCCUGUCGCAGCUGCUGGAGAUCACCUACGAAUGGUCGCAGGAUGUGAAGCGGUCCAGUGCAUCGGCAGAGUGUGGAGCCUGCAAGUGUGCCGUCCUAAAAUGGUAUGCCUUUCUUCGGACAGUAACUGCACAGUAUAUCGACGCGAACCAGGCUCAAAUUGGGGGCGAUGGAUUGACCGUCGAGGUUGACGAAUCUGUCGUCACCAAGCGGAAGUACGGUCGUGGACGUCGGGCGGUGAACAACCAAGCCUGGCUCGUCGGUGGCAUCUGUCGGGAAACGCGUGAAAUAUUUUUGGAGCUCGUCCAGGAACGUAAUCCUGAACACAUGCACAGCAUCAUAAAACAGCGCGUGGCACCGGGGUCGACGAUAGUGACCGAUGGUUGGUGGGCUUACAACGCAAUCGAGCAUCAUGGAUACAGGCAUGAAACCGUGAACCACUCCGAAAAUUUCGUCAACCCAAGCGAUCGUACGGUGCACACGCAAAACAUAGAGAACCUGUGGCGCUGGGUAAAGCCUUUUUUGAGAUCGAAAGGCACGAACCGGGGAUCGCUGAUCAACUAUCUACGGGAGUACCAGAUGAAACGGCGGAACCGGAACUGCUUCCUGAGCGUGUUGCGCGCCAUCCAAGCUGUUCAGGAUUUUACGUAA